GCUCGAUUCUGGGCCCUGGAUAGGUUUUUGAGGUACGAAAGCGAGCGCCUGGAGAGCCGCUCGCGAGCAACAACUCUCUGGAUGCUUUUGAGCUCGUUGCCAUGAGUUCAUGCCUGGCUAGCUGAUGACAACAGAUUCCACAAGAAAUCCCCCUCUCUGUUGAGCUCUGGAGUGACAACACCCAUCCAAUACCAUUGGAGACAAAGUGAACUGGAAGAUGGUUUCACUUGAGUCACUUUGAUUGACCCUUGAACCAGAAAUAAUUCAGAAAGCCCCCCUAUGAGACCAUGUGUCAAUCCAGGACUCAGUGUCGGAUCUUUUUGAUGGUGUUAGGAUGCAUUGGGUUGUCUGCAUUGGCAGCGGUGCCCAUGUUCAUAUUGACCCAUCCGGGUGAUGAAUGCCUCUUGUUUGUCAGUGUUCGUGGAGAGGCCCUGAUUUACGGCAAUCCUGCGGGAUGUCAUUUCAUCGCUUAUGGACACUGUUGUGUCAUCUUUGGAGCUAUGGUGCUUACAUUUCUCCUAUUCUUCCCACAUCGACGGAAGGGCUUCGUUAAGAGAGACGCUAAAGACACUGUUUCCAAUAGGAGCAUUGGUGGAACGCUACAAAGUGGCAUGGUUGCCCAAAGUUCAACGAGUGUCACCUCCAGGCAGAUCGUGGCCAGGAUUUACUCCACUAAGGUCAUCGUUGUGGCCACUUGUUUGGCCAUGUUCAGCGUGGUUUUGGCCACCGUGAUUCUGAGCGGAUAUUUGGUUUCCUGCGAUGAGUUGGCUUAUGAAACCCGACGGGAAAUCUACGGAAGAGGGUCCUUGGGUACUCCGAUCAAAAACCUCGAUUUGGCAUGCUAUUCGCUCUUCAGGAAUGUGAACUUCCAUACCCGCUUCCAUUUUGAUCAUUAUGAAUAUUCAGGGAAAUGGCACGGCCAAUACCGCCAUUACAAGCAUGGGAGGGUCCACGAAUAUUCCAACGAACAUGAGCAUGUGAUUCCAGUGGCUGCAGCGUUAGAAAUGAGUCUCGGAGGAACUUGGGGUGGAGCGGUUUUAUGGUGCAUUCUUUUGGGCAUGCUCAUUUACCAAAGAUGCGCUCAAAAGCGCCGGCAGAAUCGCGAGUUGGCCGAAUCCAUUGAAGAUGCGAGAAUAUACGCCACUCAAGACGGAGUCAUGAUGCAUCCUAUGGAUCAAAUGAGCGUGACCUCGUCCCACCAAUCCUCUAUUCUCACACAGAAGCCGCAAAUGUCUAUGGACCCUAGCAUAAUGGGGAGUUCCUCACACAUGAAUCCAACACCUGUCCCCAUGGUACACCAACAAAUGAGUUCUCCUAACGGGACUGUUCACUCUCAACAAUCCAACAAUGUCCAAUAUGUUCAGCUAGCCAAUGGUGUCUUGGUGCCCAUGACCUCUUUGCCCCCGCAACAGCCCCAGCACUUGACUCAAAACGCUUAUGCACAAUUGCAGCUCCCUCCAAGCCACAACAGCUCACCAAGCUUGGCUCAGCAACAACAACAGUUUGCACAAUACCCCUCGCAAACUAAUCUCGGAAGCACCCAAUACCCCUCUCAACCACAACUCAGCAACGGCAUCCAAUAUCUCUCUCAACCACAACUGAGUAACGGCAUCCAAUACCCGCCCAACCCGCAACUGAACGAUAAUCACCCGCAUCAUACCUCUCAAUCAUACCUAUAUCCCAACCAGUCACAGCCGGUCCCUUUCGACGAUCCGCAAAGCCAAACACAGGGGAUUCAUAACUAUCAAGCUGACCAUCAGGAUCUCCAAAGGCCAAUUAUCAAUCAGAUGGACCGAUCGCCAAGAGCCAGUCCCAUGCCUGGGACAAUGAAUGGGGGAGGUCUGGGGGGCAUGCUUCCCCCUGCUACGUCCAUUCAAAAUCUCACUAAAUCUCCUGGACCCCUUCGAGCAAGUGGCAGUGCUGCCCGGAGUAGAAGGGCUGCAGCGCAUCCUAUCGAAGAGGACGAUGAGAUCGAUGUUAUUCCCAAUAAUCAAUCGGCCCAAGCACGUCAGCUCCAUCUUUCAAAUGAUCUCGGCAUGAAGUGCAGUCAAAUAUGACGAAAUUAUUUCCACUUUUGGAUGUUAGCCUAGACCUGUUCUUGUUUUGAAUGACCCUUUUCAAUGAAAUAAACGCGAUGUGUUGUA